AUGAGUUUUGUAGAACUCGCCCUUGAGGCCGAAAAUUUAUGUAAAGAAAAUCAGCUAGAAGAUGCGAUUGCCAAAUUCAAGCAAGCACUAGCGCGCGGCUCCACCGAUCCAGUAAUCACUGCUGCUGUUUACGCCCAAGUCGGGAAUGCUUACUUUUACUUGCAAAACUUCGCCCUGGCCAGGGAGUUCCACGAGAAGGAGCUCGAGCUGGCGAGGAGCAUGGGAGACUCGGAAUUAGAAGCAAACGCACUGGGCAAUCUGGGAAACACGAUGAGAUCUUUGUGUCUUUUCGAAGAAGCUACAGACUUGUGCAGGCAGCAGCUGCAAGUCUGGAGAGAGCUCGGAAAUAGAAAAGGAGAAGCAAGAGCACUGUAUAAUCUGGGAAACAUCUUUCACAACAAAGCCAAAUCGGAUCUGAACGGAAUAUCAAGUCCAGACGCGCAAAAAGCACUGAAGGAAGCGAUCACGUACUACGAGUAUUAUCUGGCGAUAGUGAAAGCGAUGAACGAUCUGGUGUCUAUGGGGAAGGCUUACGGGAAUCUAGGAAACGCGCAUUACCGAUUACAAUCGUACGAGACUUCAGUUGAAUGCCACAGGGAGCGGCUCGAAAUUGCAAAGAGCCAGAACGACCAACAAGCCCAAAGAAGGGCGAACACCAAUCUCGGCAAUUCAUUCAUCUUCCUUGAAAAUUAUGAGGAGGCGCUGGUCUGCUAUCAAAACGUGAGACAAAUCGCCCAAGAUACAAAUGAACUCGCAAUGGAAGCUCAAGCCUGCUACUGCCUAGGGGCGACGUCUUCGUUAAUGAACCGUUACAAAGAUGCCAUCAAAUAUUACAUCGAACAUCUACACAUUGCCCAGCGGCUCGCUGACAGAAUCGGUGAAGGUCGGGCUUACUGGGCUCUCGGGAACGCGCACAAAAACUUGGGGAAUAAAGACCGCGCUGCGUUUUACACGAAGAGACACUUGGAGAUCAGCCGAGAGAUAGGAGAUGAAGAAGCAGCUUGUUUCGCAGAGGAAACGCUACUUCAGUUAGAAACGGCCUCAGAAGCACCAUCGUCGCCUUGCAGAUCGCUUUUGUGCAGAAGAAGGAGCAUGGAACACCUAGAUCUUCUUUCAAUGACCCCACGAGCAAAGGACAAAAAGAAAAACCCCUUCGCAGCGUUUUUCUCGAAAGAAAAAGCAAAAGACAAACCAGAAAAACGGAAAUCAUCAGUUGACGUCGACAAGGAAAAUACAGAGGAUAUGUUUGACAUGCUCGAUCGAGUUCAAAGAUCAAGGAUCAAUGAGCAAAGAUCAGACCAAAAACUUGUGACGAAAAAAGAAGACAUCGAAGGACUCUUAGCUGCGAUAACAGGAACCAAUAACUCCAACAGAAGACUGGAAAACCAAAGAGUAUCGCUCGCUGAACUCCAAGAAAAGCAACAACACCACAUAAACCAAAGCCAGUCAGAUUCCAAUCUUCAAAAAAUACAACACAAAAAACCAAAGAAAGAAAAGAAGAAAGAAAAAUUCGCAGAUGAUGACAUUUUCGAAGUGCUGAUGAAAGGAGCCCAAAGCGGGCGACUCGACGAGCAGCGAUCUGGAGUCAUUCCUGGUGUCCGUUCCAAACGACCGCAAGUCAGGACGAUUCCUGACGACGAUUUCUUUGCCAAUUUACUAAAGUAA